ACGCGACGGUAAUACUUCCCAACAGCAAGUACUUCGGAGGUUGUACACAUAGUAGACAUUAAUGGAGAGAAGACAUACAUUAGUAGGUACUACAUCAGAUACAUCUUGGUAAACUAUGUUACACUCCUCCGCAGUUGUAUACUCAUGAGGAUUCGGCCAGUGUGCCCCAGUGGUAAGCGCAGAAGUAAACCUGCAACACAUAGGAGCUAAAUAGCGGCACCGGAGUUGAAGUUGAGGCAGUGACACAGGCGAUGGGUGCCGUGGUGGGUCAGGAUGAGUAUGCCCGGCCUUUGGUCAGCUAGUGCAGGCUUGGCUAAGUCCCAGCUAAGUCGUCCAGAGCACAUAUUUAGCGCAUGGCGAUCGCAACACCGCAGCAUAUGGCCUAAGAUGCUUACGUCUCAAGGUGCUUACCGCGUGGUAUGCAAGCUCCCUACCAGCACACAAGAUGGGGCAUGGCUCUAGCUGCGCUGUUGCCUUGGGUCCUUGCUCCACCGAUAGCGAUGUAGCCUUGCUGAACGUGAGAGGUACGUUGGCAGGGGUAUGCCCGAGAGUCCAGAGACGUCGUGAGCGUCGGCCAUUGUAAUUUCGUCAGAGCAUCGUGGAAGACGUGGGGGGUGAGUUUGAGGCUUUGAGUAGCAUGCAGAAAGGAUCAUGUUACGUUGAAACACUGAAAC